AUGGCAGACGCCCCAGUGCUCGAUCUCGAAGCAUUUCCCACGGCCAGGGAAUUCGUGUCCAAAUGCCACGAGUUCUUCAGGGAGGUUAAGAAUUUAACACCAGGGAAAGAGCUCGAGGCCCGACUGAACCGCGAGUACGGCCCCGGCACGCCCUUCUAUGAAGCCUUUGCGCGGUACAUGCGCGACGGCCUCAAGGAGGGCUGGGUGGCGCGCGACGAACUCGACGGGCCCAAGUACCGGCGCGGCCGCAUCGCCCCGCCCACGCCGGAGAGCAGCUUCAUCUCCAUCACCGCGGUGUACAUGGACUCGCAGGAGGUGUAUCGCGGGCAGUACCACCAGCAUCCGUACGGGGAGAUCAACUGCGUCGUCUUGUUGGAUGAGACGGCCGAGUUGAAGGGCAUGCAGGGCUGGCAAGGGGCCGGGUGGACCAGUCCUGGCCCCGGCACGCACCAUUAUCCCGAGGUCAGAGGCGGUGCGUUGGUCGCGCUGUUCUUUCUGCCGGCUGGGAGGAUCAGCUACGAAGCCACGCCGGAUAUGCCGCAGCCGGCGUCUUUAUAG